AUGGUGAAAUGGAAUGCACGUUCUGAUCUGGCGGAUUUCAUAUCUUACUUUGAAAAGCAGUGGUUAAGUUCCAAGUUCAAUAAGUGGCAGUAUUUUCGUUCCCCGUGUGGGUUUGCCAAGACGAACAACCCAGCAGAGACUUUCAACAAAAUGAUUAAACGGGACUACAGCUUACAUGUUCGCCUGAAAAUGGAUGAUAUAACUCAAAAAUUGCUGAAGCUUUGUCGACAUCAAUCAGUGACAGGUCGUGAUUUUACUACUGCUACAAUGCCUAGUUCGGAAAUGGUGUCGAGGGUCAAGAAAUUAUUCAACGCAUCCUUGCUGUUGGUUUCCAACCCAAAUUGCAAUCUUAACCUCUUGCUCGCAGAUAGCACAGCGUCCGAUGAUAAAGUUGUGGUAAAAAGUAUCUACAGUGCUACCGAUGCUGCAGACGCAAAGCAAAAAGGAGAUGUCAACGAGCGCCGUAUGGAGCAUUUCCGUCAGCCCUGUAAUGGCUGGGUUGUCGACACCGGCGACUUAACCGCAAGCGGGAUACAGGUGAAGGUCGAGAACACAACGGCUCAGCAGGAAAUGACCAAACUGAUCGGAGAAGCGACGCUAACAGACGGGUACGAGGGCGAAGUAGUGGUCGAGGACGUGGAAGCAGUCGAGGGCGACGCGGAAGACGAUUUGAGCUAG